GCUUUCAAUGGCUACAGCCCCCUGGGAAUGUUGACGGACACUUGCCACAAAUUGGAUUCGACCCUGUUGGAGAAAGCGGAGGACAGCUUGGGGAAGAAACCUUAUCUUCUGGGUGUGGAGCCUUUCGCUCCAAAAAUCUGGAGCGCAGAAGGCAUGGGAGAUUCCUAUACGGCCACUUUCCCCAACGGGAAUGGACUCCUGUCUCCUUCAGCAAGCCCUCAAGCUUCUACCACUUACAGCAAUGAUUACAGCCCGUUCUCCCAUUCCUUCCCAGCCUCCCCAACAUCUCAAGACCCAUCAUCCCUGCUGGUGUCCAAGGGGCACCCUUCCUCCGACUGCCUCCCCAGUGUCUACACCUCUUUGGACAUGGCACACCCUUAUGGCUCCUGGUACAAAGCUGACAUCCACCCGGGCAUCUCCACCACCUCUAGCAACCCCACGGCUUCCUGGUGGGACAUGCACUCCAACAGCAACUGGCUGAGCUCCCAGCCCCAGUCAGAUGGACUCCAGAGCUCCUUGCAGACCAUGCCCAGCCAGGCUCCCAUCAGCCCCCAGCUGCCCAGUUACACUUCCGAAUUCACCACCUUAAACCCUGCUCCAUACCCGGCUGUGGGCAUCACUUCCUCGUCGCACCUUCUCCCUUCAGGUCAACACGUGCUGCCCCAAGAGAUGUACAAGCCCAAGCCAGUGGCCAACAACUCCCUGAUGGAAGGUGGGAUUGGACUGAAGUCCGGAAGAGGUGGCUCCUUUGGGAGUACGGCGGGCCGGUCGACCUGCGACUGCCCCAACUGCCAAGAGCUGGAGAGGCUCGGGGCUUCGGCAGCCAGCCUGCGGAAGAAGCCCAUCCACAGCUGCCAUAUCCCGGGCUGCGGGAAGGUCUACGGGAAGGCCUCGCACCUCAAGGCCCACCUGCGGUGGCACACCGGGGAACGCCCCUUCGUCUGCAACUGGCUCUUCUGCGGCAAGCGCUUCACCCGCUCGGACGAGCUGGAGCGCCACGUCCGCACCCACACCCGGGAGAAGAAGUUCACCUGCUUGCUUUGCAACAAGCGCUUCACCCGUAGCGACCACCUCAGCAAGCACCAGAAGACCCACAACGAGAUGGGGGUAGGGAAGCCCCCCGAGGGCGAAGCAGAACGGGAAGAGGCGGCCGCAGUGGCAGGUUCUCCCAGUGCUGCCUUGCAGGACGGCCUCCCUGGAGACGAGAAGGACGCCACCAGCCCAGAGCAGAGCAACCUGCUGGAGAUCUAGAUCGCUGGUGCUGAGUGCUUGCUCCACCUGUUGCGUCAAUACCACCGAAACCCUUUUUUAACACCUCUGAGCGAAAUAAUUUAUUUCCCGGGGGAAAACGCAGACCUCGUGCCAAACUUUCCUUCCCCUCCAACCCCUGAAACGAACCUCGCUGAGAGAUCCCUGAAGGUCCACAACUUUGUGGCCAAAGACACAAAUAUCCGAGCCAAAAUCUUGAAGCUGAGUCUCCGGCCGUCCUCUGGAUGGUUACGACCAAAGCUCGUCCCUGCCUUGGUCUCGGCAUGGUCACUCAAGGGAAUGGACAAAAAAUCUGAAGUCAUGCCAUGCACAGUUGGCCAACUAGCAGGCAGGGCAGGAAUAAAGUGGGUUUUUCUCAGGGUUUGUAUAGGAAUCACCUUUCGUCUAGCGUAACCCACUGAGCAUUCAAUUCGAAUCACCUCCUCUAACUUUGUGCAGUGAGCAGCAGUCUUGCAGCAGGUGGAGAAGAAGAAGUCGGUGAGAGGUCUGGAGCAGCUUUGAGACUAAGGUGGAAAACCUGUCUCCACAGAACAUACCCCUGGUCCGGAGCUCUUAAAGAGGCAAGCGCAAUCUCUAGCUCAGGACAUGGCAAAUAGGCUUUAUAGGUCCAGAUUCGGAAGGGGCUGCUGUUCCUUUAAGAAUGGCAAGCUAGGGCAAAUUCCACGAGAGGCGGCUUUUCAGGUACACUGCAGCACUGAUAAGAAAAGCCAUAACUGGUGACACCCUUAAAGGUACAGAAGCCAUCUCCGAGUCUGGACAUGCAAUUGGCAGUGGGACUAAUGGGAAAUAGACUGACUGGUGGAGCAUGAAGGAAUAUGAAGCCCUUUUAUUUGCAAUGGGAGCCAUUGGUUGGGGAUUUGUACAGGUAAUGGGAGCUUUGCCAUUAAAAUCCCAUUCAAUUAAAAAAUGAAGCAUGUUGCUGUUGGGCAGUAGCAGGCAAGUUUAGAGGACAGCUUUGAAAGGGGACAGAUGGGCACCCAGUUACACAACCAUCUCUCCGUUCUUCACACACAACAAGGGCUCCAUCGCUCCCUCUCCUGUCCAUGCAAGUCUGCCAAAGGCCCUGCAGUUCCGGAUAGCAGAGUGUUGGUGGUAUAACAUCGCUCCAGAGACGGUGUCUGUCUUUUGCAGGUGCCAGCCAUGCCUUUGCUUCUGGUUUAGAAUGCAUGUACCAAGCUGAAGACCAUGGGAAUGGAAGCCGUCCACAUGGAUAAGGGACUAUAUUCAGACAGUUGGUGGACAUAGCGCCAUACUGUUAAAAACGGGACUCUCUUUCCAUUGAAAUCCAGAGAACGUGGAAAUUUAUUCUGAUGCACUCUGCUAGAUGCACAGAGUUAAAGAGGGUUGGAGAGGAACAAAGGCCAACCACUCUGUAGAAGUCAAAGAAGGGGCAAGUUGUCCCGCAAAGGUGCUACAAGACCCUUGGAGCUCCCUCUCCCCAUGUAUUUAAUCUAGAAGUAUAUUUAUGCCUUAAAUUAUGAUGACAAAUUAACAGAGGGAAGGAGGCAACUAGGUUCUCCAAGAGGCCUCUUUAAUGUGAGGCAUCUGUUAUCUAAUCAGGGUAGUCUCUCUGUUAAUUGGGGGACUUUCUCUGUGCAAAACGGCAUGAUCUAUAACUUGCUCUGUUUCUUUUGUUUUUUGUUUGCUUCGUAAGGUGAAAAAAAUGGAGUAUUUAUAAUCUUGAAAUGCUUUUUUUGUCGUUUAAGUUCUGUUUUGUUUUUUUACGAUCCAUUGGGAUUUUGAAAACCCCUUGUUAAUAUCAGAAAUACGGAGCCAGAUUUUCAAUUUG